AACCAGCGGACCUCUGGGUUCCUGAAGUUCACGGCUGCCCGCUGAUUUCAGCCGACAAGCACAGAAGCGUCUGUGGCUGCCACCGCUGCAACUUGGGUUUUUCCUCUUCCUGCAGCCUUUAGCUCAGAAGAACUGCCCAGCAGGGACGCCCAGCAGCUCUUCCCAGAGCCAGGCCUCCAGGCUGUCUUGGGGUUCUGCAGCAGUGAGGAGCACGUCUGUGUGUGUCUUUAUUUUCUUCGUACUCACUGAAAAGUGUGUAUGUGACCUUGGUGUGUGAGUGCCAGAAGACGGAAGAGAAGGGGAGGGACACGGGUCGACGUUGCGGCCCUCACUUCAGCAUCGCUUACUCAGUAGCCAGGCUGGUCUCUCCUGGCACAGAGCUCCAGGAUGAAGUCCCCCUGGAAAGUAAUUUGGGCAGUUCCUCUCUUCUUUCUCCUGCCCCUUCAUACCUCGGCCUCGCCAGUCCACAAUGACCAGCCCGGCACCAGAAACUCCAAUGACCACAUCUGUGUAGGGUGUGUUGUGGUGGUAUCUGUGAUUGAACAGCUUGCACAAGUUCACAACUCUACGACCCAGGCCGCGAUGGAAACGCUGUGCAGCUACCUGCCUGAAAAACUGUUCUUAAAGAGUGCCUGCCACUUAGUGGUUCGCAUAGUUGGACCAGAUAUCAUAAAACUGCUGAGUGCUGAUAUGACUGCUGAUGUGGUGUGUCACCACCUGAAGUUUUGUGAACAGGUCCCUGGCCAACCUUUGUGCCAUCUCUACCCCCUUCCCAAGGAGGCGUGGAAAUUGACACUGGAGAACGCAAGACAGAUUGUCAAGGGAUCCCCGACUCUGAAAUACUCCAGAAUGAGUUCUGAUAUUUGUUCCCUCCCAUUUUUGGCCAAAAUCUGUCAGGAGAUCAAAUCAGCUAUAGAACAUUCUGUGCCAUUCAAAGAUGUCGACUCAGAUAAACACAGUGUUUUCCCUACCCUGCGUGGCUAUCACUGGCGAGGGAGAGACUGCAAUGACAGCGACGACAUGGUGUACCCUGGCAGAAGGCCAGACAACUGGGAUGCACAUCAGGAUUCAAACUGUAAUGGCAUUUGGGGUGUUGAUCCAAAAGAUGGAAUUCCAUAUGAGAAGAAAUUCUGUGAAGGUUCCCAGCCCCGGGGGAUCAUUUUGCUGGGAGACUCAGCUGGGGCUCACUUUCACUUUCCUCCCGAGUGGAUCACAGCUUCGCAGAUGUCCUUGAAAUCCUUCUUCAACUUACCGACAGCUCUUACCAAUGAGCUCAACUGGCCCCAGCUCUCUGGUGCUACCGGAUUUCUGAACUCCACGAGCGGAAUUAAAGAAAAGUCCAUUUACCUUCGUUUACGGAAAAGAAACCUCUGCAACCACAGAGAUUACCAGAAUAUUUCAAAAAAUGGUGCAUCCUCCCAAAACCUGGAAAGAUUUAUAGAAAGUUUGUCUAGGAACGCACUGUUGGACCAGCCGGCCAUCGUUAUAUACGCCAUGAUUGGAAAUGAUGUCUGCGGCAGGAAGACUGACCCAGUCCCAGAAAUGACCACUCCUGAGAAAUUCUAUUCCAAGGUCAUGGAGACGCUGGAAUUCCUCAAUUCCCACCUGCCAGAUGGCAGCCAUGUGAUUUUAUAUGGCUUACCUAAUGGAACCUUUCUCUGGGAUUAUUUGCACGACAAAUAUCAUCCUCUCGGCCAGUUGAACAAGGACGUGACCUAUGACCAGUUCUACUCCUUCCUGAGCUGUCUUCAGGUCACCCCCUGCCAUGGCUGGAUGUCUUCCAACCAGACACUCCGGGCUCUCACUUCAGAGAGAGCAAAACAACUCUCCGAUACACUGAAAAAAAUUGCAACCAGCAAGAAAUUUAAAAACUUCAACCUGUUCUACGUGGAUUUUGACUUCCAGGAAAUCGUGAAGGAGUGGCAGAAGAGAGGCCGGCAGCCCUGGGAGCUCUUUGAGCCCGUCGAUGGAUUCCAUCCCAACGAGGUGGCUUUGCUGCUGUUGGCAGAUGUCUUCUGGAACAAAGUGCAGCGCCAGUGGCCCGAUGUCCUGGGAAAAGAGAAUCCGUUCAACCCCCAGAUUGAACAGGUGUUUGGAGAUCAAGGAGGGCACUGAGUUCCUCAUGGACAUGGAGUCCAGGGGAGCUCAGAGAACAGAGCCCGUGUAAACUCAUUCAACAAGGAGUUACAGGGCUGCUGUGCCACAGACUCGAGGACUCUCUUCAGCAGCAUCUUUGCAAAGUGCUUUUCUCUCACUUAAGAGCGUACGUGAAUGGCAGUGUGAUUCUGUAUGUUUCUGGAUCAGUUCCCCUCCAACUGACGCUCAAAUAACCUUUAAUAAAGUGCUUUGGGUGCCAUUCCAAGUAAGGAAAUACAUGUGCCCUUGAGCAACUAAUUGUUCUAACAACAAAUAAGAAAGCCAUACCAAGGGUCUUGGUGCCCCAGGGGACAGAUCCUCCUCUCGUUAACUCAACCAUGGCUCUUCCUUGGAAGGCUGCUGGCUGGGUGCCAAGGGCUCUCACAAAAGAACACAAACCUGUACACGCAAAAGUAGGGACAAACUUGAAUAUUUAGAAGGAGAAAAGAAAUCACCAAAAUCUACAAAUUUUUAAAAGUUGACAAAUAUCAUAAGCCCCAUAAAGUCCAGGAAAAUAUGACAAUUGUUCUUUCUUUAAAAGAUUCUCUGACAUUCUUUGGCUGCAUAACCUGAUUGCCUCUCCUUAUAACAAUGAUUUUGUGAUAUUAUUGUCUAUGGAUAGAACAGAAAAACAAAGUUUGUUGCUUACUAUUGAUAGUUUCAAAGAGCUUCCUUUCGUUACACAACUUAUUAUUGACAAAGCCAUGUACAUUUUUAGGAUUUUUGCCGAAGUGGGAAGACCGCUAUCAAAUGUCCUUUGUGUGGGA